AUGUUAAUACUUUUCUUAGUUUAUGUUUAAGCAUAAUUUACAUCAAAAUUGCACUUUCAUUACCCUAAUACUGAUGAAACAAUCGUACAAUUCACAAUCACUAAUAAGCAUUAAAUUGAUUUCACUAAAACUACUUAACCAUUUUCUUUAUUUCCUAGAUCAUAUUUGGAAAAUUUGCAUGUUGAAGGCAAAGUCAGAGAAUUUUAUAUCAGCUCCACAUAAGGUAUGAUGCCUGAACUUAAUGCCCCUUAACACGGUGUUCUUAUUAUAACUAAUGAAGAUGCUGAUUAAUUAAUUGCUAUUAAUUAAGUAUCAGAAAUAUUUAGAAUUGCUAAAUAUAAUAUGAUCUAUGAUCAAGCUUAUUAUUAUAAAUUCAAUGGAAAUUAAUCACAACUUUCCUUUAUGGGAUUUGAUGAUGAUACAAUUUAAGUAGGUAAAGUACUUUUGGCACAAGAUCCUACUGAUAAUAUUUGCAUUGAUGGAAUAGAAUCUAUUCUAAAAUAUUUUGGAUGUAAUGGUAAGAAAGGACUUGCUUAGAUUAUUGAUCCUAAUACAAUAUUUAGAUCAACCUAUUUAUCUCUUUAAGCAAAAUUUUAAUAUGAUGAAUAAACUAAAAUUGCAUCUUAAAAAAUUGUACUUCUUGUGAAAUAUGAUACUUAAUCAAUAUCUAAAAUUUUUAAUUUAGAUCCCAAUUUAUCAUAUUAAUCUUGUCCUGAAUUUGAUUCUGAAAUAAUUUAACAUUCUACAAGAGAAGUAACAUAUAAUUUAAAAUCAGCCAAAUAAUUCAGAAUGGGAUAAUUAAGUAAAAUAUAAGAUGAUACUAAUAUGAUUAAAUAUUAACCUAAAAGUAUUGAUAUCAUAAUUUAAUUUAGUAAUCAUUAAAAAGUUUUGUGCUGGACCUUGGUUUGCUUUUGAUUCCUAUAUUCAUCAAUAAGUAACUGCAAAUGAAGAUGGAAUUGUAACUAUAUUAUUAUAUUUUCCACAUGAAUUUACACCUAUUUAUCAUACAUUAGAAACAAGUAUAGAAAGUUAAAAAGAAUUUAUUUGGGAAGGUGAAACAAAAAAAAUUAUUAUUACUGCAAAAUUGAAAUAAAAUUAAACAUUUUUAGUUAAAAUUAAAUUUAGCAAAAAAUUAAAAAGUUUUGAAGAAUAUCCUCAUGAUCCUGAAAGAGGAUAGGAUAUUGUAAAAUAUAACUUAAUUAUAAUAGAUUACUUCUCCUGUCAUAUUUAAUGGGGAAUUAUACUUAACAUCACAUUAAGUGACAAGAUAACCAUAUCCAGACUUUUCAAUGCCUUUCAACAUUUUAACAUUUUCAUCAUUAGCUAUGGGAUACUUUUUCUUAUAAAUUUUAGGUAUGGCAGUUGAUAAAUUUGUUCUUAAUAAACCAGAAAAGGGAUCAUUGGCUUAAAGAUUAUUAAGAAAAAUCUUUUCAUUAAUAUCAUUUUGA